GGCUCCUAUGAUACAACCAGUGUCCUCUCUAUUAGACGGCUCUGGUUGCAACGAAAGAGUUAAAGUCCAAAAUCCUCUUACAGCUUCCCUUCGUUUACACUGUAAAUGAUUUAGACGGGUCACAUGGUCGGAAAUCAGUUCCUGCUGGCUGUAAGGUACCCGGAUGCUACACAACGUAUAUCUGACCCAUGAGCUGGACCGAACUGAGAAAACAACUAUGGAUUUCAUGACAGAUCGGGAUGUGCAAAAGUACUUGGAGGAUGGAUAUGUGGUUCUGGACGGCCUGCUGACCUCACAGGAGUGCGACGAGCUGAGGCAGAGGAUGGCAGAGCUAGUGGACCGGAUGGACGUCCCAGAGCACUGCCGCAUCACCUUCUCAACCUAUCACGAUGAGCAGUUAAAAACACAGGGGAAUGCUGACUAUUUCAUCACUAGCGGAGAUAAGAUCCGCUUUUUCUUCGAGAAGGGAGUUUUUGAUGACAAAGGGGAAUUCAUCGUACCAAAACAGCGGUCACUAAACAAAGUCGGACAUGCACUUCAUGCAUAUGAACCGUUGUACAAAAAGGUUACACAUUCACCCAAAGUUCAGGGUAUAGCCAAGAAGCUGGGUGUUGUAAGUCCUGUGAUACUGCAAAGCAUGUUUAUUUUUAAGCAACCAGGGAUUGGAGGGGAAGUGACACCGCAUCAAGACGCCACGUUUCUGUACACGGAGCCCCUGGGCAGAGUCGUGGGGCUGUGGAUCGCGCUGGAAGAUGCCACUGUUAACAACGGCUGCCUGUGGUUUAUCCCCGGAUCACACAACAGUGGUAUUUCUCGACGUAUGGUGCGCACCCCAAAAGGCACCUUUCCCCUGACAGACUUCACUGGUCGAGAGCAGACCUACGAUGAGACAAAGUUUAUCAGUACACCAGUGAAAAAAGGUGGUGUAGUCCUGAUCCACGGGGAAGUGGUGCAUCGCAGUGCCGAAAACACCUCUGAGGAUUCCCGCCAUGUCUACACCUUCCACAUCAUGGAGUCCCAGGACACUCGCUGGAGCCCGGACAACUGGUUGCAACCCACUGAAGAGCUUCCUUUCCCGCCGCUCUACACUAAAUGAAGGAUGUUUUUAGUACUUGGUGGAGCAGUUCAACGGAGGACACAAGCUUUAAUCUUUCCUGAAGAAGGACCAACUACAAAGAAACUGUUAGUUUUUUUAAAUAAAUGCCAUUUCUCUUGGCUUGUAUUGUAAGAUGUAAGACACCAUCUGUUUCUCUAAACUACAUGUAGAAAGGUACAAAGUUAAAACUAUAUAAAUGUAUCGAUAUUUUUUAAAUACAUUUUUUUGAAAGACUGGAUAAUAAUAAUUAAAUAAUAAAAAUUUUCAACUUUUCAUCAAUAGUCCACCUUUAUUCAGCAACUCUUUAUUUACAAUCAGCAUAAUUCUUGUUUUUUUUUCAUUUGUGUCAAAGCAACACAUACAACAUAAAAUAUUACGUUUUCAAGUAUGUUCAUUUUAAGACGCAACUUAAAUAAAAAAACAAAAA